ACAGGCCAGCAGUCUUUCUUCCUUUUUGUUUUUUUUUUUUUUUGAAAUUCAGCAUCGAAACAAUUGAACGUUCGUUUUUCCACCUCCAAUUUUGAAAAUCUUAGUGCGUAUGGUACCAGCGAACAGAAACGGUCAUUCUUUCAAAAUAAUAAUAUUUUUAUUUCUUAGCCCCGGUCGAUAUUGUCGGUGCGGUAUUUCGAAAUAAAACAAUAAUUUUGUUUCUAUGCUGUACAAAUGUUCAAAAAUAUGGUCCCCGGUGUGUGACAGUGAAAUUUAUCGAAAGAUUUAUUUGUGGUCUUUUCCAAAAUGCGCAGAAUGGAAAUUUAGCAAAAAAAGUGAAUUUAUAAUUAAAUGAAAAUUUAAAAAAAUUGUGUGUACCGUUCAACGGAGAAAAAAAAGUUAAUAACCGUGUCAACCACACGAAGAGUGUGCAACUAAAAAAAACUAUUAAUUAGAAACAAAAAGGAAAAAAAAUCAUUUAUUUACCUACCCCAAAAAAUAUACAAACUACAACAAAAACAACAGAAAAUCCAAAGUGUGACCUUGUUUAUUGUUUUGACAAGGAGUGCGUGAACCACGAAUUCAAAAAGUGGUGGCCUCAGCUGUGUUAUAUAAACAAAUCAUCGACAUAAAUCGAAACGGCCUUGAGAGGCCGCCUCGAAGUGCGAAUUGGCACAUUAGGUGCGGUGUGUUGGGAUAAUAAAAUUGGAAAAAUAAAUUCAAAAAAAAAACGGUUCCAAUUGCCAUGAUGAAACACGAGAGUGUAAUGACUUCAACAACGAUUCCGAUCGAAAUGCCGGCAUCCAAACGCCAUAACCAUGACAUGAUACGAUGUAUAAACGACGUGUGGCAUAGUAAAAAGAUCAAUACAUCCAGUGUUCCUGUCAACUCCCCAAAGAGUCCUAUUGUAAAGGCUUUUGAUUUCCUGCCAUGGUCCCGCAGUAGGAGGCAACAGCAUUUGGCUGAAAAGACGACAACGGCAACUACAACGACGACGACCGAUGAGAAAAAGGAAUCCAACAAUACCCAUUAUCAAAAGAACAUAUUCCGCAAUGGGGGUGGAAUAAUUCGAGAUAUUCUGACUGACAGGCUUAACAAGGACCGUGCCAGAGAUAGCAGCCUCAGUCGAUUGGAUGUAAAGCGCGCCCAAAAGAAAUCAAAACAACUUUCGAGGAAUAAAAGUCUUGACAUUAAUGAACUGAUUGACACUGUUGAGAAUGAGCUGGCGGCGGAGAAGAAACAGGACGUCCGCAAUCGAUUCAUGGACGAUACGUUCAUUGAGAACAUUAUCCGUGCCAAAUCUGAGGACGAUGGAAGAGUAGUGGCGGCAGUGCCGGUGCCAGUGCCGGAAAAACACAGUAAUGGCAAGCAUAUUCUGUUCAACGACGAGAACGUCGUAUAUCUGAUUAAAGAUGAAGUUCGUUCCAGUAAACGCCCCGGGAGAAGCACAUCGAAGAAAGAUGACAAUAACCAUAGAAGUUCGAGCAAGUCAAGGGGGAGCAGUAGCCCGCGGCCAACGAGCAUGAUAGAGGAGGGCGGAAAUAUUGUGAAGGCACGUUUGAGGUUCAAGAAAAUCUCCCCGGAAGUGAAUAGCACUACAAUGGUGUCAUCAGUAUCAAGCAAAAGGUUGAUAACAACAACAACUGUGAUGGGUGGUGGUAGCAAUGGCAAUGGCAAUGGCAUCCCUCCAGCAUCACCAUCUUCAUUGUCAACGUCGUCCUCGUCGUCGACAUCAACAGCUGUAGCAGUAGAUAGCACUGGCACUGGAAAGAGGGGAAUCCUUCAUAGGCAAAACACAAGUCCUAAUGUCGUAGUGUCACUUGCCACCCCCUCAUCCGACCAAGAGUACGGAUCACAAAUCCGAAGAAGAAAGUCCUUCAACGAAAUAAACUUUGAAAACAAUGGAAAUAGCAGUUCCAGCAGCUUAGGUGUUGGCAGCGGCCUCGAUGGAGGGGGUGGCACUGUGACUGAUGAUAGACCCAAAUCCGAUAAGCCACGAAAAAAGCUCUCAUUUAGAGAACCAGUGGUUGCUCCUCGGUGUGCAGAACGACGGAUAAGCACACCACAGCAGCAGCAGAACUACCAUCAGCUCCAACACCAACAGCAACAACAACUUCAACAUCAACAACAACAGCAGCAAUUUAAAAAACCCGAGGAUACAUCAAGCAAGGUUUUUGACAACAAAUAUGCUCCUGUCAACAGCAGUGUUGGCAGCAGUGGUGGAAGCGGAGGCAGUGGUAACGUCGGAUUAUCGAAUGGAAAUGGCAAUGGCUUUGGUGAUGUUGAUUCAGAGUCACAAGCUAUGCGUAUUGUUAGGACAGUAGGACAAGCAUUCGAAGUAUGUCACAAAUUUAACCUUCAUAAGAAUUCCUUAGAUAAUAACGAAGAAAGAUCAGACGCAUCGUCUGAUUUACUCGAUGUCGAACAUACAUCAGAGCAAUUAAGUGAUGAGGAUUUAUCCAAAAAAGAUCAAAUCGGAGUCACGCCUGAUAUAAGCCCGCCACAAAGACCUAAUCAUCUAGAAUUAACGUCCCAAAUGAGCAGUGCCAAUCAAAAAUCAUCUUGUGUACUCACUGACGAGGAGAAAUCGCCAUCAUCACCCAUAUCGCCCAGCAGGGAAAUCAACAAGCUCAAGGAUCAAUUAGAACAACAAGCCAUGCAGACCCGCCAAGCCCUGGCACAAUUGAUGCUCGUCCGAGAGCAGUUGAUAUCCGAAACGAAUGCAAGAAUCGAAGCUCAGGCUCGUACCCAACAAUUGCUUCAGCAAAAUAGAGAACUGCUAGAACACCUGGCAUCAUUGGGGGCGUAUACGGAUCCACAAGCCGCCACCGGGCUAACGUCGGCCAAUAUAGCUCUGGCACCACAGUCACAGCUACAAAUGCUCUUUCAAGAGCCCGCUGAUUUAUCGGUUGCCUUAAGAAAAGCAGUCCUUGCAUCAUCGAACAACAAUAAUCUGGCAACCAUUAAUCAACAGAUAAACAAUUUGGGAUCAAUUAACCAGCAGCUUACAACACUGAGCCAUCAGCUGAGUGGGCUCAAUCAGCAGAGUCAGAAUCUGCAGAAUUUUCAAAAUAUCAGUUCAACUUUCCAACAGCAGCAGCAACAACAACAACAGCAGCACCAACAACAGCAACAACACCAACAACAACAGCUGACUUCACCACAGCAGCAGCAACAACAACUUCAACAGUCUUCCUUGCAUCUGAGCAGUCCUCCAGUGACUCAGCCAUCAGGCAGUCCAAUACCGCCAAUGAACGCCCUUCAGAGUCUGAGCAACCAGUUUUCAAGCAUAUCGGCUCAGGGAAAUCAGGAUAUGCUCUCAAAGGAGCUCUUCCAAAUGAACCAAGAACUCCUGAACCGCCUACAGGCUUUGAAUCUCGGCCCUGGGAACAAUGGCAACAAUCCGGGAAACAUGAACGGGGCAGGAGCCAUAGGCAACAGUAAUUCACCGCACAACUCGUUCUUCUAUGUCAACCCCAUGUCCUGCAGUCCGAACAACAACAGUCCCUUUAAUUUUUUAAGCACCCCUAGUUCCCUGGGCAAUCUAACUCCCUCGCCCAUGGGAACUAUGAACCGAAAUUCCUACUCAAACAGCCCGAUCAAUGACGAUCUCGGCAUGAGCAUAGACAAGAACCUAAAUAGACUGGAAGAGAAUCAGCAGAACUUUCUGAAAUCAUCAGGAGGGGCUUCCAACGGCAACUUGACCGGUGCCAGUGGAAGCGGGAACAACAAUGGCAACCUCGAUAGCAGUCGAUCAUCAGCCGAGGCAUCAACCUCUUCAUCGCCGAACAGAAUUACGAACGAACAACGGUUUAACACAGUCAUGCUUAAAGUCACCGACGAAUCCGGCAACGUUACGAACCAAAGAAAACUCUCAGCGACCCCGAGUUUCAUUACCCGAAGCACAAGUGAAAAAGUACCAAAUCGAAGCCAAAUGAUGAGUCAAGUUCAAAGGACAGCUUGGGCGCGACACACUACUAAAUAGAUUUUUAUUCUUAAGUAUUAUAUAGUUUUCAUAAAAUAUUCUUAAGGGGUUGGUGUUGAAAAAUUCACUGAAUUCUCUGACAGUAUUAAAAACCAAAAAAAAAUCAUGUAUUUCUAAAAAUGAAAACACUCGAAAAAGUGAUAGAGGAAACCCCCCUUUCAACCAAAAACUUUACUAUUUACUGAAUUCAGCGUGCCACAGAAUUUACGUGUUAAGGUUAUUUUUAAAAACUGUACCUAUCUAUAACAAAAUUGCACAUCAUAUCUUUUAAAUUUUAGUCCUAUAACUCGUAUAAUGUUAAGGUUUAAUUUUGCCGACUGCAUUGAGAUGAAUUUUAAGCCAAAAAUUAAAAAAAAAAAAAUAAGAAACGAUUAAAAAUAUUGAAAAAUGAAUUAAGUUAUAUUUAAUUAUGUAUUUUUUUUCAUUUUUUAAACUUGUACAUAAAACGAUUAAAUAGAAAUAAAAAUUCUAAGAACGCGUCUUAUUGAUUACCUGGAAUAAUAUCGAAAUAUAUGUUUUUUAUUUUAUUUAAGUUCAAUUACAAUUUUAAGUUAAAAUAAAUAAUUUUAUUUAAAAAGUCACUUUUCAACGCGAAAAAUAAUAAUUGUAAUUAAUUCACAAAAUAAAAGAACUAAGUGACUUUUAGUGCUAUAAGUAAAAUAUAUUC